UGCACAUAUUGCAGCGCGCUCCCGAGACCUGUCCCGAGCAACUUCCACUGCAGCGGCCAGUGGGGGAAGUUUGGAAAAGAAAGUUCAGACUUCGCGAAGUUGAGAAGCUGCUAAACGUAAAACGGAGACAGGCCGAAGUCGGGAAGCCACCAUGGACGACUUGGACGCAUUACUGGCGGACCUGGAAUCGACUACGUCCCAAAUCUCAAAGCGACCCGUGUUCUUGUCUGAGGAGACGCCCUACUCCAUCCCCACCGGAGGACACCCCUACCAGGAUGUGUCGGCCCCACCUCCAGUUCCUCCUCCACCCUCGGCCGAGGCUCUGAACGGCUCCCUGGCCGAUCAGCCGGACUCCCACCACUCCUCGCUGCAGUCGCUGGGCUCCGGCCAGAAGAGCUCAUGGUCCAGGGACAGUAGCAGCUCUCCUUUGUCUCACAUCGAAGAGGACCACGUCUACAGUUUUCCAAACAAACAGAAAUCUGUAGACUCGUCAACAGCGGCCAUGACCUCUGCUAUGGGAAGUAACCUCUCGGAGCUCGACAGGCUGCUGCUGGAACUCAACGCAGUGCAACAGAGCUCCCCUUCGUUCCCCACUACAGAGGAGGCAGCUCCGCCUUUACCGUCCUGCAGCGUCACCCACUACGAGAACGGCAGCUCCUCCGACAUCAUGGGGAGCCCUCCCCCACUGGAGAAACCCAAGAGGAACGGAACAAGGCUGGAAGAGGCCCGACCCACUGUGGAGAGUUUGCUGACCGAGCUGGAGGGUCCAGUGCCUUCACCCAGCUCCUCUUCUCGCCAGAGCGAUUUGGACUCCCCCUCUCAGCAGCAAGCAAGAAUUUCUGCAUCCUGCGCCACACGGGAGCUAGACGAGCUGAUGGCCUCUUUGUCUGACUUCAAGCCCAGUUCUUUGGGCUGUCCUCUGGACCCAGCAGGAGCGUCUUCCAGCUUUCCUCACCUUCCAGCCUCUCCCUCCGUCACCCCGGUGGCUUCUCCUUUCCGUAGUCCGUCCCAUGCGUCUGCCUGUGGCUCUCCUCUGUUCUCUUUGCCUGCUGGUCUAGAGCUGCACAUAGACGAGGGCGGAGGAGACGGCGGCAUUUCGGUGUCCCACGCGAACCGUCUCUGUCCUCACAGUCCUAUAUCCACACUGUCUGCAGCCAGUGACCUAGACCUGGACUCUGUCAUAGAUGUCUCUGCCACUGUGCUGUCGUCCCAAACCAAGUCUCUGCUUGUCCUCUCCCAAGCUGCUUCCAUUAACUCCAACCUUAUGAGAAAUAGCCCAAGUCCUUCCAAUACCACCACCACCCCCUCGUUAACCUCAGUUAACACUGUCCUGGACCAAAAGUCCUCCAAGUCAUCUAGUCCCUCUGUGGAGCCGAGCUCGCCCUCGACAAAUGUCAGUAAAUUCCCUUGUGAUCCCGAGACUAUGAGCAAGGGAUCUCCUUCUUUUCAUGACCUUGUUUUAAAUUUCUCUUCUCCGCCUCAUUUUACAAACCUCUCCCCACCUCGCUCAGCUCCAAAGACCCCUUCACCCAUCCCUGCUGCUGUCGCUAUCUCCCCACAUUCUGCACAUGUUUCCUCAAAAACAUCCUCGCCAUCUCCAGUCUCUCCGGUGGUGGUCCCCUCUCCACUGGCCUUCACGAGCACCAGCAGACAGCUGUUGGCGUCAGCGCCCGCACCUCAGAGAGCCAGCCCCUUCUCGGUGCAGCAGGCGCCCAUGGUGGAGCCCUCCUUGGACGAGGAACUAGACAAGCUGCUGGCCAUGAGUUUUGCACAGAACCACUCGGCUGCACAUGUGGAGGACCCACAGCUGAAGAUGGAGGCACAGCGUUUUGGCAGGGGGAUGCAGGAGAUUCACGAGGAGCUCAUCCUGCCUAUGGACAGAUACAGCGUGCAGCCUGACACUUUCACCAGCGCCACCAACACCAUCACAGAUGAGUCUGUGGACGGAGGGACCGAUGGGAACGGGGAUCUGGACUGGGCCGACGAGGAGCUGUCGAUGUCCUUCCACGAUGGACUGGAUGGCACAAUGACGCCUUACACCGAGAGGCCGUACACCGAUGGCAGCAUGACCCCGCUGACGGAGGCCAGCUGGAUGGAUGAGUCCAUGACCCCGUCUUCGUGCCCCGGGACCCCUGACGUGGGCCUGGACCUUCCCCUGCUGCAGACCCCCAAUAUGGACCGAGUCUCUGCGUCCGGACAUAUAAAGUCAGUGAUUAGGCGCACUAAGGAAACUCCCAACGUGCAUCCCAUGUCCCGAGAUGGCCACCUGCGCAGGAAGAUGGGACCCAUCAUUGUGAACAAGAACACUUCUCAGGACCGCCUCAUAGAAGAGCUUCAGGGCAAGUUUGGCAUCGGUCGCUCGGAGCGGCGGCGGAAACAGUCUGACGAUUGGCUGACCGAGGGUGUCGUGGUCACAUGCAAGCCCCAGCGCUUCCGUCCCGAUUGGACCGGCAGCGAGGUCGACAAGGUCGUGAUUCCCCCAGAGUCGCCUGUCUCUGUGAGGAAGGUCCUCCCGCCUCUCUCUCCCACUGCCCUUCGCCGCCCCCCAGUUAUAGAGGAGCCCAAGCGACAACUCCCAGCACUGCACCCCCCUAUCCCUACUCCACCACCUCUCCCUCCACCUCCUUCUCCCCCUCCACAGCCUCCCCACAUCCAGGAACCCAUUCCCCCUGCGCCUUGGCAGAUUGCAAAAGCCACCCCACCUCCACCACCCCCACCCCCACCCCCACCUCCAAUUCCGGAACCUCCUGCCGCCAAACCAGAGUCCCCUCCUCCCGUUCUUAAAACCCCAAACGGCCCUUCGCCCGUGACACCAGUGACACCAGUGCCCCCCAAAGCCCUGGUGUCAGUGGGCUGCCAAACAGAGUAUGACCCAAUCUUCCCUCCAAUGCAGAUUAUGGCCCAAGGGAAGGGUGGCGUUUCUGGUUGUGCUCCGACACAGGUCAACAAGCUGGACAACAUGCUCGGUAGCCUCCAGUCGGACCUCAACAAACUGGGUGUCCAGACGGUGGCUAAAGGAGUUUGUGGGGCUUGUUGUAAGCCAAUUGUGGGACAGGUGGUGACGGCCAUGGGCCGCACGUGGCACCCCGAGCACUUUGUGUGCACGCACUGCCAGGAGGAGAUCGGCUCCAGGAACUUCUUUGAGCGAGAAGGACAACCGUACUGUGAGACUGACUACCACCACCUGUUCUCCCCGCGGUGCUACUACUGCAACGGGCCCAUACUGGAUAAAGUGGUGACGGCGCUGGAUAGGACGUGGCACCCUGAACACUUCUUCUGCGCUCAGUGUGGAUCCUUCUUUGGCCCAGAGGGCUUCCAUGAGAAGGAUGGAAAGGCCUUUUGCAGGAAGGAUUACUUUGACAUGUUUGCACCAAAAUGUGGCGGCUGUGCCAGAGCCAUUCUGGAGAACUACAUCUCAGCGCUGAACAGCCUCUGGCAUCCCGAGUGUUUCGUCUGCAGGGAGUGCUUCACCCCGUUUGUCAAUGGAAGUUUCUUUGAGCACGACGGGCAGCCUUACUGUGAAGUGCACUACCACGAGCACCGCGGCUCCCUCUGCUCCGGCUGUCAGAAGCCCAUCACGGGACGCUGCAUCACAGCCAUGUCCAAGAAGUUCCACCCGGAGCACUUUGUCUGUGCCUUCUGCCUGAAACAACUCAACAAAGGCACCUUCAAAGAACAAAACGACAAACCGUACUGCCACGGCUGUUUCGUCAAGCUGUUCAGUUAGGGAGGUAGGAAGAGCAGCUAUGGAUCAGGGCUUAGAUCAGUGCCUAAAGCAUUUUGGCACAGGUGGGGUGGGAGGGGGCUGUCUGUAUUCUGAUAGUGACAUUGGAAGUGUGUAUGGGUUAAGUGUGUGCAUUUGGUCGAAGCAGCAGUCUCUGAUAAAAUACUUUCCGUCUGAAACUUGGAAAAACGUCCUGUUGUCCCAAUGCCAGCUACGCGUUUUGCAUUCAGACUAGAAGACAGAAUAUUUUUGAGUAGGUCAAAAGUCCAAACUGUGACGCAGAUAUACUUAAAGGAUGACAUUACAGGGUUCUUUUUUUCAACUCAACACUGAUGCAUAAAAGACUACGUUUCCUUUCUUAAUCCCCUGAAAUGUGUUGGAUACUUUCAACAGGCAAAGUGCUGUAGUUUUCUGUGUUUUCAAAUAUUUUUGUUUUUUUAUCUUGUUAAUGGUGGGGAAAUCUUACCAAACACUGUAGAAAAUCAUGAAAUACUAGGCGUGUCUGACAUUGUGGCUCACUGGUUGAGCGGGUCAUUUCAGAAACCAUAAAAAAGAAACAUUUAUUUCCCACUUGGUAUGAAGUUGGAAAGAGCAGGUCCAUAAUAUCACUGUAGUGUUGACUGGAAAUUAGUUUGUAUGUGUGAAAAACCAGAAACCAGGUGUGUACACAGAUUAUGUAUUAAUACCAGAAUGUCACAAAGACCAGUUUGAACUCAAUCAGUUUUACAGUUUGCCCAAUUUGCGUGGCAAGCCACACUUAUAUUUUUAAAUCAAAGGCAAACUAUGCAAGGAUGAAUCUUUCCAGUGAUUUUCAAUGAAGACGUUCAGUGUGUAGUCAGCCACCAGUAGCUGCAGUAUUGACUCUUGGUCACAGAUGUUCGAACAGACUUUGUGUAUUUGUGCUGCCAAAUCAUUCCUUGUAUUUACGCAGACGAAAGGAGAAAACCAUCUGAAAUCUUGUUUUUGCAGUUUUGGAAUCACACAAAGAUAUUGGGAGUAUAUUGUGCAUCUCUUAACUGCCGUUACUGUUUCUAGGUACAUUCUGACAGGUUUUUUGUAAAUAUCAAAAGCAGCUACAAAGUAGGUAAAACGCUGGCAUGCUUGGCAUGUACAUAUGUUUAAUAACCACUCAUUCAAAGCAGGAGGGGGGCGGUGAGGAGGCAUAUCAAAGAUAUUUUUGGUAGCAUUACUGUAUUGAGAAGCUGAGGAAUGUUCACUUCAUGUAUCUUUGAAACAAGUUCACAAAACGAGCUUCCUGUGAUAUUCCAAUGACUGCAAGUGGGGAUAAAGAAUGUUAUAUUUUCUAAUGUAAAAGUCUGUGCCAUUGUAUCAGUACAUUGUCUAAUAACACUGGCAAUUUCAACAAAAUAGUGAUAACAGGUCCGUAGUCUGCAGUUAUGUUUUCAUGUAUGAGUCCAUGGAAAAGUAAUGGCAUUGGCCUGGUGACCUGGUGGUCAGUUGGUGACUCGUUUCCUUCAGCGUGUUCACCAGUUUGGGCCUUGACACGGAAUCAUAACAUGCAGGUGAAACAUUAGGACUUCUGUCUUUUUCAGGGAAUUCUAUAGCCUUACAUCUUUACUCACUCUAUUUAAGAUAGCGUGUAACAGUUGUCUUUUCCAAUCAAUUUAGUAGAGUUUUAUUUAACCAAAGCCAUACCUUAUUUGAGUUCUGUUUGUGUCUUUUCAUCUUUUUCUUUUCACUCUGAAUGUCAGUAAUAGUGCAUAAUGUUAUUCCUUGCAUCUAGUCUGAUUGAGCAAAUAAAUUCAGUUUUGUUUCUAA